AUGGAGGGCUUGCUUGAUUUCAGCAGCGAAUUCGAUGUCGGCCUAAUGGACAAGGUCGUCAUGGCCUUCUACACUUCAUCUGGACAAGAACAACAAAUGGCUCAGCAGGUGUUGACGCAGUUCCAGGAGCACGCCGAUGCGUGGAUGAGAGUACCGGAUAUUAUGGAGGGAUCGUCAUUCCCUCAGAGCAAGUUCAUCGGGCUGCAGAUCCUUGAGAAGGUCAUCAACACCCGAUGGAAAUCCCUGCCGGAUGGGCAACGCCAGGGAAUUCGAAACUUCAUUGUCGGUGUAACCGUGAAGGUAGCAUCUGACGAAACAACCAUGCGCAAGGAGAAAACAUACCUCAAUAAACUUAACCUUGCCUUGGUCCAGAUACUGAAGCAAGAGUGGCCGCACAACUGGCCAAACUUCAUAACCGAGCUGGUUGAGUCAUCGAAGACAAACCUCUCGCUGUGCGAGAAUAACAUGAUCAUUCUGAAGCUGCUGUCUGAGGAAAUCUUCGACUUUUCGGCGGAGCAGAUGACGCAGAACAAGAUCAAGAACUUGAAGAACCAGAUGUGCGGGGAGUUCUCUGAGAUCUUUAAACUCUGCUCAGAAGUUCUAGAGGAGGCUAGCAAGACGUCCUUGAUUAGAGCCACGCUAGAGACUUUGCUGAGAUUCUUGAACUGGAUACCCCUCGGUUAUAUUUUUGAAACAACCGUUAUCGACUUGCUUCUGAACCGUUUUCUUGAAGCGCCUGAAUUUCGAAAUGUUACACUCAAGUGUCUGGCAGAGAUUGCAGCACUCAACGUGGGCCCAGAAUACGACCCCAAAUUCGUCAUAUUAUUCGCGAUGGUUAUGACGUCCGUCAACCGAAUGAUUCCUCCGAGCACCAAUAUCGCGCAAGCGUAUGCCAACGCCGGGGAUUCCGGCCAAGAACUCGUCCUCAACCUCGCCCUCUUCCUCUGCAAUUUCCUCUCCACCCACCUCCGCGCCGUCGAGACCGAAUCCAACCGCGAUGUACUCCUCAAUGCCCAUCUGUACAUGGUGAAGAUAUCGCAAGUGGACGAACGCGAGAUCUUCAAAAUUUGCCUGGAGUAUUGGCUGAAGCUUGUUACGGAGUUGUAUGACGAAAUCCAGAGCCUGCCAAUUGGAGAGUCUGGUUUGCUAAUGGGAUUGAGCUUGGGCCCCGGCGGAAGCGCAGGGGUGCUCAACGGUAUGUCGCUGAGAAAGAACAUCUACUCCGACGUAUUAUCAAACCUGCGAUUGGUCGUCAUUGAGCGAAUGGUCAAGCCAGAGGAAGUGCUUAUCGUGGAGAAUGAAGAGGGUGAGAUAGUACGAGAGUUCAUGAAGGAAAGUGACACUAUCGUGCUAUACAAGUCGAUGAGGGAGUUGCUUGUGUUCCUCACGCAUCUGGACGUCGCGGACACCGAGGCAAUGAUGACCGAGAAGCUGGCGAAGCAAGUGGACGGCUCAGAAUGGUCAUGGAACAACCUCAACACGCUAUGCUGGGCUAUCGGUUCAAUAUCUGGUGCUAUGAAUGAGGAAACUGAGAAGCGGUUUUUGGUGACGGUCAUCAAAGACCUUUUGGGCCUUUGCGAGAUCAAGCGCGGCAAGGACAAUAAAGCCGUGGUGGCAUCGGAUAUAAUGUAUAUCGUUGGCCAGUACCCCCGUUUCCUGAAGGCACACUGGAAAUUCUUGAAGACGGUCGUCAAUAAGCUAUUUGAGUUCAUGCAUGAGACCCACGAAGGUGUACAAGACAUGGCCUGCGAUACAUUUAUCAAGAUCGCGCAGAAGUGCAGGCGGCAUUUUGUCAUGCAACAGUCUGGCGAGCAAGAACCAUUCGUUGAUGAAAUACUGCGAUCUUUGCAUCGCAUAACGGUCGACCUCUCAGCGCAGCAGGUUCACACCUUCUACGAGGCCGUCGGAUACAUGAUCUCUGCUACACCGAACAAACCGCAACAAGAAAAGCUGAUAGCCAAACUGAUGGAACUGCCCAAUAACGCAUGGGAUUCGUUGAUGGCACAAGCAGCGCAGAAUAUGGACGUUCUCUCCAGUUCGGACAACAUUAAAAUCCUCUCUAACGUCCUGAAGACCAACGUCUCGGCAUGUACGUCAAUAGGUAGUUUCUACCUCCCGCAGAUAGGCCGCGUCUUCUUGGAUAUGCUGGGCCUAUACAAGGCCGUUAGCGGUAUCAUCAGCGAGUCAGUCGCCAAAGACGGCCUCAUUACUACGAAAACACCCAAAGUCCGACAACUGCGAACGGUGAAAAAGGAAAUCCUGAGGUUCAUGGAAACAUAUAUAAAGAAAGCGGAAGACCUUGAGGCCGUCAACGCCAACUUUAUUCCGCCACUUCUUGAUGCUAUUCUUGGCGACUAUAACCACAAUGUCCCCGCAGCUAGAGACGCCGAGGUCCUGAACGUAAUGGCGACAAUUACCAGUCGACUAGGGCCUCUAUUGACUCCUCAAGUGCCUGCUAUUCUGGACGCGGUCUUCGAACCCACGUUGAAUAUGAUCAACCAAGAUUUCGCCGAAUUCCCAGAACAUCGUGUUGGGUUCUUCAAGCUGCUGCGCGCAAUCAACCUCAACUGCUUCCCUGCGCUACUCUCCAUUCCUCCGCCUCAAUUCAAGCUAUUCAUGGACAGCAUUAUAUGGGCGAUCAAACACACGAUGCGAGAUAUCGCAGAUAUAGGCCUGAACAUCUGCAUCGAAGUGAUCAACAACUUUGCCGGCGCGGAUGAAGCCGUCAGCAACGCAUUCUUCCAGCAGUACUUCUUGAGUAUCGUUCAGGAUAUCUUCUUCGUCCUCACGGACACGGACCACAAGAGCGGCUUCAAGCUCCAAAGCUUGUUGCUGGCUCGUAUGUUUAACCUUGUAGAAAGUGGGGAGAUCAAAACGCCGCUGUUUGAUCCUGCUUCCUUGCCAAACCCAAACAUCACCAACCUUGUGUUCCUGCGGGAAUACACCGCCAACUUGCUGAGCGGUGCUUUCCCUCAUGUCCAACCAAUACAAGUUCAAGCUUUCGUUUCAGCACUUGCCGAGCAUCACAAUGAUAUUAAUCGCUUCAAGCUCGCUCUACGUGACUUCCUCAUCCAGCUUAAGGAAUUCUCUGGAGACAAUACCGAGCUAUUCCUGGAAGAGAAGGAGGCGGAAGCUCGAAGGAAGGCAGAAGAAGAACGUUCAGCCGCUAUGCGCAUCCCUGGUAUGCUCAAGCCUUCGCAGUUAGAAGACAAAGACGAGGAUAUAUGA